GGCGCCCGGAUGCCCGCCCCGAGCCCCGCCGCCGGGUGCAUGCCUCCCCCGCGGCGCGCCCCAGCCCGCUGCUGCCCACUGUGACCGCCUUCCCAGACAGGCGGGUGCCGGCCGGGCUUCCCCGAGAGCCGCGCACCGGUAGGACCGGCGGACCCCGGGCUGCGGCGGCGGCGGGGCUCGGAGCCGAGGCUGCGCGGGCUCACGCCGGGAGAAUGGACGGGCCGGGGGAAUGCAGCCUCCCGGAGCCGGACAGCCAGGGUUCCCGGGCUGGCGACGACAUCGAGAUCGUGGUCAACGUGGGGGGCGUUCGGCAGGUGCUGUACGGAGACCUCCUUAGCCAGUACCCCGAGACCCGGCUGGCGGAGCUCAUCAACUGCCUGGCAGGGGGCUACGACACCAUCUUCUCCCUGUGCGACGACUACGACCCCGGGAAGCGAGAGUUCUACUUCGACCGGGACCCGGACGCGUUCAAGUGCGUCAUUGAGGUGUACUAUUUUGGGGAGGUGCACAUGAAGAAGGGCAUCUGCCCCAUCUGCUUCAAGAACGAGAUGGACUUCUGGAAGGUGGACCUCAAGUUCCUGGACGACUGCUGCAAGAGCCACCUGAGCGAGAAACGGGAGGAGCUGGAGGAGAUCGCGCGCCGCGUGCAGCUCAUCCUGGACGACCUGGGUGUGGACACGGCCGAGGGCCGCUGGCGCCGCUGCCAGAAGUGCGUCUGGAAGUUCCUAGAGAAGCCGGAAUCCUCGUGUCCCGCACGAGUGGUGGCCGUGCUCUCCUUCCUGCUCAUCCUCAUCUCGUCCGUGGUCAUGUGCGUGGGCACCAUCCCUGAGCUGCAGGUGCUGGACGCGGAGGGCAACCGCGUGGAGCACCCGACGCUGGAAAACGUGGAGACGGCGUGCAUCGGCUGGUUCACGCUAGAGUAUCUGCUGCGCCUCUUCUCCUCGCCCAACAAGCUACACUUCGUUCUGUCCUUCAUGAACAUCGUGGACGUCCUGGCCAUCCUCCCCUUCUACGUGAGCCUCACGCUCACGCACCUGGGCGCCCGCAUGAUGGAGCUGACCAACGUGCAGCAGGCCGUGCAGGCCCUGCGGAUCAUGCGCAUUGCCCGCAUCUUCAAGCUGGCGCGCCACUCCUCCGGCCUGCAGACCCUCACCUACGCCCUCAAGCGCAGCUUCAAGGAGCUGGGGCUCCUGCUCAUGUACCUGGCCGUGGGCAUCUUCGUCUUCUCAGCCCUGGGCUACACCAUGGAGCAGAGCCACCCGGAGACUUUGUUCAAGAGCAUCCCGCAGUCCUUCUGGUGGGCCAUCAUCACCAUGACGACAGUGGGCUAUGGUGACAUCUACCCCAAGACCACCCUGGGCAAGCUCAACGCAGCCAUCAGCUUCCUGUGCGGGGUCAUUGCCAUCGCUCUCCCCAUUCACCCGAUCAUCAACAACUUCGUCAGGUACUACAACAAGCAGCGAGUCCUGGAGACGGCUGCCAAGCACGAGCUGGAGCUCAUGGAGCUCAACUCCAGCAGUGCUGGGGACGGCAAGGCGGGCGGCUCCCACAGUGACCUGGACAACCUCCUGCCAGAGCCUGCGGGGAAGGAGGGCAGCUGGAGCAGCCGGCUGAGGAUCUCCCACAGUGACACCUUCAUCCCCCUCCUGACCGAGGAGAAGCACCACAGGACCCGGCUCCAGAGUUGCAAGUGAUGAGGGCCGUUGGGGCACAUGUGGAAGGAUGGAGUGACAGGCUUGUCAGUGACUGCCUGGGAGGGGUCGUCUCCCCAACCCUCUUCUGAAUAGAACUCUGAAGGCCCUCUUGGGCACCUCUGAUGAGGCUGGGUAAGACCCCUUUGUGUUGCUGGCUGUCCAGGAGCCAGGGGGGUGGGAGGGGUGUCCAGGAGUCAAGGACAGCGUGGGGUGAUGGAGGCUGUGGUUUGGCUGAUGGCAGGGACCCUCAUCCGGUUCUGUAUCUCUUUCAAUAAAGCCCCCUUCUCUGUGCACCC